AUGGGGGUUCGCGAAUCCCUCCAGAAACUUUAUCUCCUGCAACUCUCACUCCGUCAUCUCCUGCGCUUUCCACCCAGCGUCACCACCCCUGAGGCAACUACCGCUGUGCAAGAGAUUUUACAUGCCCCUGAGUUGAGUCAGCUACUGGCACCCCCUCGGUCUCGGCCUCCCAACCAGCAAGCAUCAACUUCAGCUUUGUCAGAAGUUGUCACUGCUGCUGGAGGUGUAGGAUAUUCCCAACCUACUGCAGUCACAGGGCUGGUAGAGCUUCGCUGUAUCGGUUGUCAAGGCUUACAGGAGACUUUUCCUGCAGAAAUGGCAAUUGGAGACAGUGCUGCCAUGUCUCCUGACACCGUCUCUCAAAUCGGCCUAUCGGGACUGCCUUCUGCUUCUGGUCUUUCAGGAUAUGCUUCAGAAUUGACAGCACGACUUGCCAAUGAUCAGUUAAGUGAAGUGCGUUGCGUAGCCAAGACAGAUAACAAGAAAACGUGGGAAAGUCUUUGGCGCCAUCCGAGCCAACAAUGCUGGGAUUCUCGCACCACAUUCAAUGUAAAUAGAGCUAAAGAGCUACAGAUCGAGGUAUUCUGGCGACGUCUUCACACACCCAUCUCAAGUAGUGGAUGCAAUGUCAGUAUUCCUGGCUCUCCCUUAGGGUACGUCGGAAUUGGGUCUAGUACGAUUAAUGCAUCUGGGAUAAACUCGGCUGCUAACGGGGUUCAAGUGGGAUAUCCCUCUUCCACUACUGUGGCUGACAUUAACGGCUUAGAAUCCGUCGGACGUCGAUCUGGAACAACCCAUCUUUCCGCAACUGAAGAGCAAACUCUAGGGCUUGAGUGGGUCCUUGCAGGUUUACAGUAUCUUCGUUUGGAAGAUUUCCUUGAUUGCCGUCAUUACAGUUUGCCCUUGCAAUUGAUGCCUUGUGGCACAGUUUUUUUAGAGGUUUGCUUUACCGAUCCUUUGGUUGCUAAGUCUACUGGUGGACGACUUCGCCGUCAGAAACGUUUAUUCUCCAAGCGUAAAGGUACGUAG